UCUUCUCUAACUCCGGAUCUUUAUGGGUUGCGUGGCUGUCCCAUAACCGGUUUCGUGAUCAAAAUUAUUGGCUUGUGCGAGACUCUCAAUGUUUUUCUCCUACAAUACGUGGUAUGUUGCAGCUCAAGAAUCUCAUACCCCAAUUUCUUAGAUGUACUGUGGGUGAUGGUCAAUAUGCAUCCUUCUGGUAUGAUUACUGGACAGAAUUGGGUCCUUUAAGCAUUAUGUUUGGCUCAUCAGGCACCCGUCAACUCCAGAUUCCUAUCUCUGCUUCUGUAUCUGAGGCAGUGGUAAAUGGUAACUGGUUCUUUCCAUCAGCCCGUUCAGAAGAAGCGGUCACGUUACAGGUUGUCUUGUCAACCACUAGUGUCCCUUCUCCUUCCAAUGGUUCUGAUACCUACCGCUGGAGGGGUCAAUCUGGUGGUUUUACUUCUGAGUUUUCAACUCGUGUUACUUGGGACAGGUUGCGAGUUACUUCUCCAACUGUUUCUUGGUUUGAAGUGGUGUGGUUCAAGGAAGAAAUUCCUCGUUGUUCCUUUAUUACAUGGCUGUCUAUGUUGGCUAGAUUACCAACAAGAGAUCGAUUAUUGUCUUGGGGUUUACAAGUGCCGAAUUCUUAUGUUCUUUGUGCUGAUGGUCUUGAAUCCCACAACCAUCUGUUCUUUGACUGUCCGUUCGCGGUUCAGAUAUGGAACAAGUUCUGUGGGCGUUUUAUCUCAUUACCUCCUGCUCAUCUCCAAGCAUCAGUGCUUAUGUCCUCACAGUUUCAAGAUCCUUAUUCCUCUCAGGUUAAAGUGAUUUUCAAGCUGAUUUUGCAGGUGAUAAUCUACGGUUUGUGGCGGGAGCGUAAUGCUCGUAUCUUUAGAAAUGUGUCUCUUCCUCCUCCGGCCUUUUUCAAGUUGGUUGAUCGUUCUCAGCGUGACAGGCUACUCUCUUUUCCUCGGGACCCCUCUCAGGCACAUUCGUUGCUCGAGUUGUACUUUUGGUUUGUUGAUCCUUUUAGUUAA